ACACAAGAUCUCACCGCCUCCGACGACGAUGCUAGACGACCGCCGCAGCUGCCUCGAUACCGCCCGGCCUGGCCGCUUCCACGAGGUCCCCGGCGGCUUCCAGACGCGCUACCAGCCCUCGCGCGACUACCUUCGCGCCUCCGUCUCGUCGCUCUCGCUAACGGACGUCACCGCGUCGCGCAGCCACGACGCGACGCUGAGCCUCGAUGCACGGCGACCAGUGCGAUCCAAGGUACCUCGCGGUACGUGGCCGACGCUAUGGCACAAGGUGUGCCAUGCCUUGCGCUUGCCCGAGAAGCCCCACCGGCGAGCGACGACCGCCUCGUAAUGUAUGCUGUACUACCUAUUAACAAGACCACACUUCCUUUCCU